AUGACCGCAGCCAUCUUCAAGCAAGUCAUGAAGCUGCCUGAUGCAAGCCAGUUCCAGAAGGAUUCCUCAUGCAUGGGCAUUGCGCAGUUUGUGGGAGGCAUCGUCAAGUUCCAGCUCACUUUCCACCAGCUGAGCUACUUUGGGGAUGAUAGAAAAGUGAGCAGCACAGCCGGCAAAAAGCUGCCAGAGGAGCUGGCAAAUUUGUCCACAACAGAGCUUGGAGAAAGGCUUCAUGGAAAGAUCAAAGAUGCAGCGCGAACCUUUUGCGAUUCCUGGCAGCUGCUACACCGAGCUACCACAAAGGACUUGCUUUACAUCGAGCAGCAGUUGGAGCUCCGCCAGGCUGCUGGCAAAAAGGAGCCUCUGGAUGAAGCCAAGCUGAAGAAGCGCUUAAGGUUUGAUGAGCUCGAGAAUGCAGUGGAAGCAAUCACCAAGGACAGCGGCCCACUCAUCAAGGAAGCUGAGCUUUACUUGCAAAAUGUCUAUCGUACCAACAAGAUUGAGAGUGACGUGCGAGCGCUACUUUGUGACAUCAACAAAACUGAAGGGCAGCUCAGUGAAAAAAAACGGAUUCUGAGAGAAAAAUUGCAGGAGAAAUCAAAACUGCAGGGUGAAUGUGCUGGGCUGGUUAAGCAGAAGGAGUUGGUUGAGGAAGGCAAGACUGGGGCAAAGCAGACCAUGCAGUAUCUUGAGAAUGAACUCAAAGCUGUGGAAGGUCGCUUGUGUGAUGCAACAAGAGAUGAGAAGAACUACACCUGGUGGAUGUUCGGCUCUUCCAGCUACGUUUGGCAGAAUGAUGUGGCACUUGCGAAGCAAAAGGUGUCACGCUUCGGGGAGCAGAAAGCCAAACUUGAGAAGGACAUUGCCGACAUGAAAAGUGGAGCUGCCGAGCCCGUGAAGCUCCUCAACGACAAGUUGACGCAGAUCACCACAAAGCACACAACUACCCAGGAGCAGCUCAAGGCGAUGGAUGCGGACCUGAAAAAGGAGUGCGAGGAGGCAGAGGAGUUGGAGAAGAAGGUUGCAGAGGACAAGAAGAAGGUGGAAGACCUCGUGCAAGGAGAGGGAAAGAAAAGUGUGAAGCACUUGUUGUUGGCGCGGCAGGCGCUCAAUGACUUUGCGCAUUCUGCCACGGCUGGGGCAGACACAGCCGGGAGUGUCUGGCAAGAUUGGUCCAGUGAGCUUCUUGCCAUCACGGGUUAUUUCGAAGAGAUCAUGGAUGCAGAGACUCUGCAGAUGCAACAGAAGGCGGUGUGGAAGAUCAAGCAGAUCCUGGGUAGGAACAAGAUCCCCCUCCUGAGCAUGAUCCAGCAGGCGAAGAGGUUUAGCCUGACCCCAGGCGCAGAGGAUUUCAACAGAUAUAACACCCUCCCAAGUCGCUUCUCGUGUUCUGUGGAGGAUAUCAUGAAAGAAUCACACGGGCCACACGCCGUGCUUGACGUGCAAGAGGUCGAUUAA